AUGCUCGCACCUUUGUUCGCCUGUACGAGGAAGACCGCAAGGCUCCGAGUGAGAUGGCCUCGCAGGAGUACUUCGACUUCACGAAGGCAUCGCCAAAGAACAAAAGCGGGAACGGCCAGCGUGCUGCUUCCGUCGCCGCUUUUCGCAAGUUCUACAACAGCAUCGAGGGAGAUGUGUCAAAGCUGGAGCAGCCUGACGAUACAGCAAAGUUUUGUCAGGUGCCUUCGUAGCCAAAGCUGUUUUUUCCCUUUGCACUCUCUGCUACGAGCCCCCACCAUCCUUGGAGGUCAGUGCUCCCGGCACCCUCAAAACAAGAGGAGGGCCAAGGAAAAAGGAAGAAGCAAAGGCCAGAAGCCGAGACAAGCCGAUCUGCAAGAUGAAUUGAGAGUCGCCCGGUGCCGAUAUGGUGACCACGGUUGCCAUGGUUACCCAACUGGGGGGGUGUACGAAAAUAGGGGACCCCGAAGAUACAUCCCCUAA